GUUUAAAGUGAUUUUUUCAAUUUUUUCCGAUAGUGGCAGUGCCUCAAUUUGUUACGCUACAUGAAUAUUCAUUUUGUAUAUUUAUGCGGAAAACUCGUUAUCUGAAGUUAUUGUUCUGGUAUCAUUGUUAUGAUGAUGGCUGUUGGAACGUAAGAGCAAAAUGAGAAAAGAUUAGCGGAAAUAACGAUCUAAUUGUUACUUUAACUUUUUCUUAUAACGAUUACGGCGUAAUGUAUAGGAACUGUAAUUCGAAAUAUAAGGCAACUAUUUAAAAAAGGAAUAUCUAGGACUGAUUUUUAAAAAAGGAAUUUCAAAAUUGUGAUUAAAAGAAGAAUUUCGGAACUGUGAUGCGACGAACUGUGGCCCGUUGCGAUUGGUGAUAGUGACAAAAAAGUGAUGAAAUUAAAGUGAUUUGGGACUUAAUUUUGAAAAAACUGGAGGUCGACACGUAUGACGUGUCAGUUGUCGUUGAGCUGACAACAGAUGUCGUCCAAAUUGAUGACGCUAUGUCGGCCGAUGGCUCGACCACAGAUAUCCAUGGGCUGCUCAACGACACUGAAUCCGACCUCACCGGCCUUUCGCAUGUUGAUGCACCGAAUGAUGCGAAUUACAUGAUUGGCGGAGUGGUGAUUGCCAUGGCACUUGUGGGCCUUAUAAUCGUCCUUCUGGCACUCACAAUUAAUAAGCUGCGCAAGAGGGAAGAGCACUCUGCUUCAGUACACCCAGCUGAAGCUGUGCUCCAGGCCUCUGCGCCGCAGCCGCCGCCCGAGCCUCUUGCCUUCCGCCAGCAGCCUCUGUGGCAGUUCCCACCGCCGCUGCCUCCGCCUUACGUCUAUCCCCAUGAUCAGGACAACUUGAUGCAGCCGAUCGGUAAUGAGCGAGCGAGUUUCCGCAGUCUACGUAAGAAUAUUGGCGGUCGUUGGAAGAGAUUAGUAAAGAAGAAGCCCGAACAAGAGGUCUACACUAUUCCACCUGAGCUCAAACCUCAACUGAAGCAAAUAUACGUUUAUUAAGCACCUAUACAAUAGCACAGAAGCAGGAAUCUUCGUCGCUGAUAUUAGCGAUUCUAUGAACUUCGUGGUUGUCAGAAAUUGUCCAAGUCAUAUCUUACUCGAAUAUCAAAUUUUAAGUCGUCACGGCUCUUUAAACAUAUCUUCUUGACCAAUUGUUUCUUGACCAAUAUUAGUAGUCUUCUUUCAGCACUUCAUUGUGAUGUAAAGUCUAGAUGUAUUAAUAAGUAUUAGUGCAUUGAAUUCUGCGAGUGUUGUUCUGUUGAGUAGAAAGUAUGUGUGAUAGUCAAAUGAUUUAGUUUAAUUAAUUUAAAAGUUAUGAAUGAACUUAGAAAAAUGCGGUCGCGCAUAAUAGUGACGAAAAUCCAAUAAUUAUUUUAGAAAACCACGAUGCCUUGUUAAUGUAAUUUUUGACUAAUUAGGGCAUUUUCUAGAACAUUAACUUAUUUUUAGACGUGAUCGUAUUCAUAGGCGAAAAUCGAUCAAAUAGUUUUCGAAGUUAUGUAUACAGUUGUAUUUUAACUAUAUCGGUGGAAUGUCUGAAAAUAUAAUUGUUUGAUUCAGUAUUUUAUGUCUCUUAAUGCGAGUCUGAAAGUUGUACAAUUUGUAACGUAACAUUGAAAUGAAAAUAUUUCUAUGAUAUUAUAAUGUCUAUAUAAUCGCAAUCGUUUCACUAAGAAAUACCUAAUAGUUGUAAAAGUUGCGUUACUGGAUGCUUCGGUAGUGUAAUUUUCAGAUUUUCGCCGGGUCUUUGCCUACUGUGAUAUUCAAUGAAAAUAAAUAAUUUGAUGAUAUUUUUGAGUUUUCUAUUGAACCUUGUCAAUUAUACAUCAGUGGGAAGGACCGUCGGUGGAGAAUUGUGAUAGCUCAUAUUGAGCCUGAUAUUCUGAUUAGUAAGUUUAGGUACAACAAAGCCAUGAUUAUAAUAUUUUGUUUUCAUUAGAACUGUUGCGAUGGAUGAUAAAGACGUUUAUAUUAACUACAUUUAUGUUUGUUUAAAUGCUAUAAUCUAUUGACAUAGUGAGAAAUAAAUUCCAUCUAUAAAUGUGA